AUGAGCACCGCAGUCAAUGCGAGGAACCCGGCGGCGUGGGCCGCCGGCACAGCUGCCGGACAGGCGGGAGCCGCAGCCUCGAACACGGCCGCCGCCUCCGGGAAGCCCCAAACAACGACGCCAACGCUCGCCGACCCGGCGUAUGCGACGGCGGCCACCAUCCAGAACCUAGUCAACCACUAUUACGAGUAUCUGGGUGGCGAAAAGGGCACAAUCAAGUGGGACAAGUUCAAGGAGACCACUACUUCCAAGGACGACGACGACACCACUAAAUCUGAUGACGUUCCCCAAGGUCUGGCCUACAUCCUCGGCACCCUGAAGGGGCAGAAGGCCAACAUCGACGUGACCGACACGGCACCGAACAAGAAGCUCCUAGGAGCAUACGCCGCGCUGAUCAAGCUAUCCGAGGAGCUACAGGCGCACCUCCGGAAGCAGAACGAGCUCUCGGCCGCCAAGGACCCCGCCGAGGACGUGGUGAAGCAGUGGAGGACGACGUGCCGCAAGGCGCGCGACGAUAUCCUCGAGUUGGCGGCAUCGGCAAAAGCGGCCGGUUCCUCCAACGUACCGACCGCCUUUGGUAACGUGCAGAUCCCGCAGCCGGACCUGUCGGCGCAGACGGCGCAGCUCAACACGGCGAUGCAGGGGGUGCAGAUCGCGCAGUCGGCGCUGGAUAACGCCGAGAACGCGUACCAGGCGGCGAUCGACAAGCAGGAGCGCACGGCCAAGGCCAUGGCCACGAUCCAGGCCAAGCUCAAGAAGCUGCAGUCGACGGGCAAGACGCUCGAGGAGAUCAAGACGGUGCUGCGGGACUGCAUCGAGGUGCUGGCGGACCUGAUCGUGCAGAUCGGCCGGCUGGAGCGCUUCUUCAUCAUGCUGACCACCGUCAUCGACGUGCUCGUCAUGCCGCGCGCCCAGCUCUUCGAGCGGGACAUCGGCAAGAUAGCCCGGCGCGGCAUGCGCUCGGGCGUGCUCCCCGCCGUGGACCCCGACAAGCAGACCAUCUACGCGUCGACGCUGCAGCUCAAGGCCUACUUCUCGCUCCUGCAGGACAUCGCCACCAUGUACUCGCUCGUGCACCGCGACCACAUCAUCGGCGGCGUGGAGCUGUGCUACGAGCUGUCCAAGGGCACGUCGCGCAACGACGGCAUGCCGGAGCUGCAGGAGCGGCUGGCCAAGUACACGGAGAACGCGGCGGCCAAGGUGGCGGCGCUGGUGUCGGCCAAGCAGCAGGAGAUGCUGCGGACGCUGCGGACCCGCGCCAGCCGCGCCCGCGACGAGACGGCCCAGCUCGAGGCCGAGAUGUCCCGCUUCGGCGUCGCCCCCGUCGACCAAGCCGCCAGGAAGGCCAUCGCGGCCGGUGCCCAUGAGCAGCAGGUCGCUGCCCGGGAGUUGCUGAAGAGCGAGGUUAGCGUCACGGUGUCGGCGUCGGCCGCGUUCGUGACCACGCCGUCGGAGAGCGUCGACGCGUCGAAUAUGUGA